GGUUUUUUUUACCCUAUCACAUUUUCAGCCGCCUCACUCUCUCUUCCUCAUCCUCACCUUCGGUUCUCUCUCUCCCUCACAGCUCAAAUCUUCACACACACACACACAGAAGAGAGAGAGAGAGAGAGAGAGAGAGAGAGAAAGAGGUCCAGCGGUCAAAGAAUUCAUCGUCUUCGUCGCUUGCACCGUCGCCAGCUGUACCCCUCCCUCCCAACGCCAGUCCGUCCAGCACGAAGGUCUCCCGAUCUCUUCAUUUUCUUUCUAUUAGGUUUUUUCUUGGAAUUGGAAUUCCCUCGCAAUAUAUAACAGAUCCUCUCGCAACUCGCAAAUGGCGGAAGAGAUUGAAACGAUGUCGUCGUCUCUCUCCGAAGACACUCUCUCGCAAUCUCAGGCUCCUGCUCCUGCUCCUGCAUUAUCCAGUUUUCCAGCUUUCUCAAAUGAGUACAAGGUGCAUGCUUACAACAGGAAUGGCAUUUGUUCUUUGGGUUUUAUGGAUGAUCACUACCCGGUUCGGAGUGCUUUUUCUCUGCUCAACCAGUUAUCUGAGAGACAAAAUCAGGCAUUUGGAGGAGGGCCCCACUCAAUUAGGUAUGUCAUUCUCUCUCUCUCAUUCAUGGAAUUUGAUUCUUUCUUUGUUGUCGCUGUAGAUUCCAACUCUCCAAUACAAAAGCCUUUUUUUUUUUGGUUGUUGUUGUUGGUUUGGAGAUAUUAAUGUAGGAUUUAUGCCAUCUGAAUUCUGUUUGUGUUGAGAACUAUGCAAUCAGAUCUCUAGAAAAUAGUUUUAGGAUUUUUUAUUAUUAUUAUUGUUUUUCCAUUUGAGAUCAAAUCAUUAAUCACGGUCCUUUAGGAUUUUCAUUUUAGUUUUUUUUUUUUUUUUUUUUUUUUUUUUUUUUUUUUUUUGUGUGUGGUGAUUUAUGUUUUGCCAAGGCUCCAAUGAAGAGAAACCAUUGGUGGUAAUUCACUAGAAUGUUUUACAUUUAAAACAUAAAGAAAAACCAUGUGGAGAAAAAAAAAAUACGAACUUGACUUAAAAAAAAAAAGGCGACUCUGGCUUUUGGUAUUAUUAUUAGUGGCUUUUCAAAGCACCUUUUCUUGUAUAAUAAUUGGCUGCUCUUCUCUCUUAACUGAUAUGGACAGAUGGUGCUGGUGGUAAGGGCAUAUGGAAAAACUCCUUCACACUGAUGGGUGUUGUUCAUUAUGGAUAUGAGAUGUCUAACAUGCUUCUUAAAAACAAGAAGAGAAAAAAAGGGGGGAAGUAAAAAAGAAAAAAAAAAAUGGUAUAUGGGGUGUUUAACAUGGAAGUUAGUCUUAUUUUGUUGGAUUAUUGGUAGUGGCCGUCUGCUAUGUAUAUGUUAAGCCACAACCACAAGAGUAUAGAGUAGUUCUUAUUUUUGUUUUCCUUUUGAUUGGUCUUUAUCCACCCCCCUCCCCCUUUUUUUUCUCUCCUUUUGAUUAUCACUAGUGGUAGACCACAUCUUUUUUUUUUGUUAAUUUUAUUAUGAUGGAUAUAGACAAUGUUAUAUAGUUAAUAUAAUGUUGUGUACAAAGAAACAUAUCUUUUCUUUUGUUAUGUAUUUGAUAAUAUAUUUAUAUGUUAAUAUUACGUUAGUUUGGAGA